UACCAGACAAAGGCGUGACUAAGAAUCCCAACUGUAAGCUGGAAAACAUCUGCAAGUUGCUCAUCCCGGCAGUUGCCAACUGAGUAUCUCGACGUGACAUUUUUGUUUAAACGUUCCGGCAAUUAGACCGACGGAAUGACCAAUUUACUCACAACAAAUGUUCUAAAAAAGUUUCAAAGGAAUUUCGUAUUCUACACUUCAGCUCGCACUUCAGUCAGGGGACUUUUCGUCGGGUUUGUUUUAGGCAUUUUUGCCGCCCAAUUGAUGGUCAUCUCCCUUCCGCUUCAAGUGAUGGACACUACGGCCAUCAUCAAACAAUCCGGCUUGAUUGAAUUCAUCCAAAAGGUCGAAGAUUUGGGGAUUUUUCAGGAAAUUAAAGCAGCUCACACAGGUGAUGAAAGGACGUCAACUGGACCAGACGAAAGGAAACGGACGACGAGACGGGAUCGAAUUCUCUGCUGGGUGGCCACAUCGCCCAAAACUCAUUCCAGGGCUCAACUGGUCAGAGAAACUUGGGGCAAACGUUGCGACAAGUUGCUCUUCAUGAGUUCCAAACGAGAUGAGAAACUACCGGAUGCCAUCGUCCUGCCCGUCAACGACACGUACGAAAAUCUGUGGGGCAAGACCCAGGAGGCCUUCCGGUACAUUUACCAGCACCACCUGAACGAAGCCGAUUGGUUCUACAAGGCCGACGACGACACGUACGCCGUGAUGGAAAACAUGCGCCACUUACUUUUGAAAUUCAACGCCUCGGCGCCCAUCCAUUUGGGGUUCAAGUACAAAAAUCCCGAAGUCACUCAGGGAUUUCACUCGGGCGGGCCGGGGUACAUCCUGACGAGAGAGGCCGUCCGCCGAUUCGUCGAAAUUGGACUGGGCCACAAUAACGUGACGAAUUCAGCCAAUAGUUCGGGUAGCAGUUUGUGCGUGCCCGGUCACGCCGGACUGGAGGAUUUCAACAUUGGGAAAUGUCUUGCCAAGUUGAACGUGACGACAGGCGAUUCCCGGGACGAGAAGGAGAUGGAACGUUUCCUGCCGUGGAGUCUGGAGGACAUGAUUUGCGGCCAUUUAAAGUUCCCGGGUUCUUGGUUCCUUCGCGAUUGGUCCUUUUAUCCCCUCAAAAAGGACAUGGAAUGCUGUUCGCCCUACGCCGUCUCCUUCCAUUACGUCAAGGAUUAUCAGCUGAAAAUCUACGAGUAUCUCAUCUACGGCCUACGUCUUCAUUCACGCUCCUUCUGACAUUAUGGACCGAUAUUGCUGCAGAAAUAAUUGCCUGAAUAACUGAUUAAAACAUGUCAUACAUUUUUUAGUUAUUUCUAGUUGAAUUUCUGAUUACUUCUUAGAAUUUGCACCACUUUUACUAGAGACAUUUGAUAUAGAAGUAAGAGUUAAUAAGUUUCUCCUUCCCUCUUAUCUGUAUUCAAUUGUUUUAAUUGUUUCUCGUUUAAAGAAUUACAUAUUCUCCCUCCUUCAAA